GGGGUGUCGUGCGUCCAAGGAGGGUCGAGGCGUCGAGGUUGCAGUACCAGGAAGCAAAAGAGUAGGAGGAUCUCACAUCCUGCAUCGCCCCUUCCUUUUGCUCUGCUGCUGCUGCUGCUGCUGCUGCUGUUCCCCACUGGCUGCCUCCUCUGAUCGACCUUUCUUUCAUCCCACCACCAGACACAGAGCAUCCCUCACCAUCAUCAUCAUCAUCAUCAUCAUGGCCUCAUCCAACAGGCACUGGCCUAGCAUGUUCAAGUCCAAACCCUGCAACGCCCACCACCACCAAUGGCAGCAUGACAUCAACUCCUGUCACCAGAAAACUCCCUACGCUUCAGGUUUUGAGGAGCGCAGCCCGGAGCCGAAGCCGAGAUGGAACCCUAAGCCGGAGCAGAUCCGCAUCCUGGAAGCCAUCUUCAACUCCGGCAUGGUGAACCCACCGCGCGACGAGAUUCGAAGGAUCCGAGCGCAGCUGCAGGAGUACGGCCAGGUCGGCGACGCCAACGUCUUCUACUGGUUCCAGAACCGUAAGUCCCGGAGCAAGAACAAGCAGCGCCACCUCCAAGCCACCCGAUCGCAGACGCAGCCUUCUUCCGCUGCUCCAUCCCCUCCGCCCGUAGCCACCAAGCCCACCAGCACCGCCACGUCUUCGUCCUCCUCAUCCUCCGAACAAUCGACCGGGUCUGACAAAACCCAACUUCCGGUGGCCUCCAUGGGCGGCGCCCUGACGAGCAUGGUCCAUUCAGCAGCGCCUCUGCCGGUGACAUCAGUGAACCCGAUGUACCUCCACGGUUCGCUGGAGUUGGGCGGCGAGUCUUUUCUUCUGCAGGGUCCGCAGGGAUACUGCUUCCCAGCGGCAGAGCUAACAGGAAUCAUCGGUGUGCCAGAGCACGGCACGGGGGUGCACCCCGGACCGUGGGGUGACCUCAUGGGCUUCAAGAGUGGGGAAGACGAUGCCAAGGUUACGGUGCAGUUGCACCACCUCUAUGGAACCGGAUCUUCGUCUGCCCCUUCUGUUGCCACUACAGUUACCAGCGCCAAUGCCUCCGGUGGUGGUGGUGCAACAGCCGGUGUUGCUGCUACUGCCGCUAUCUUUGGUAGCUCCAUCGAUGAGAUACAAGUACUUCACCAGCACGUAAUCCCUUCCUCUUCCAACCACAAUUAUGCCUCCAUUUACAUUAUCCGUCCCUUUAAUACGUUCAUACCCCCCAUGUCUUCUUCUUCCUCUGCUACAGUGAUGGGAGUUGGAGGAUCAGGUGGUGCAGCAGCAGCGAGAUCGACCGUGUUCAUCAAUGAGGUGGCUUUCGAGGUGGCGGCUGGGCCGGUGAACGUGAGGGAGGCCUUCGGACACGAAGCCAUCCUCAUCGACCAUUCCGGCCGCCCUGUGCUCACCGAUGAGUGGGGCGUCACCAUCCAUCCCCUCCGACAUGGAGCCUCCUACUACCUGGUUUAGAAGAACGACGAUGGUGAGGCAGAAUCUAUCUAUAAGCUUAUUUUGCUUGUGGUUUUAGCACUCCAAUAUGCUGCAGUACUGUCGUAGCUCUACUUUCGGACUAUGUAG